AUUUUACCGAAGAUCCCUCCAUUUGCUGCAUAUCUACGUCAAGGCGACAUGCGGGUACAUCUUGUUAGAGCUUCUACUCAGGUUACGCUAAAUAGCCAGAAUCUCACUAUGAUCAAACAUUUUCAUCAUUAUAUAUUUAAAAAUGUGUUACAAUUGUGCAAAGCUAACUUGGAUUUUCAUAUGGAUUCUUCUACACCUAUAAAUACGCUGAUCGUUCCUUUACAUAGAACGGCGUCCAUUUUUAAUGACAAGUUUGAGUACAGCAUCAACAUGAAAUAUGUUGAGGAAGUUGUGAAUAUGAUGGGAGAAACACCUAGAGUUCCUGAUGAAGAAGAACGAAGAAAUUUCAAGUUUGAGUAUAUCCUUGAGAACCUCACACCAUCGUCUCCGUUUCCUGAUGAAGAAUACUCUUCAUUCAAUGAGUAUUUCAUUAAGAAGUACAAUUUGGAGAUCUAUGAUCAGACACAACAUUUGUUGGACGUAGACUUUACCUCAAACCGCUUAAACUUGUUGUUACCUCGAGCUGGUGGUGGUAGAAGGAAAGCUGCAACAGCAAAGCCUGAGGACAGCACGGCUCUGUCGAGACAGCGUCAGAUCUACGUCCCUGAACUAAUGGAUCGCCAUCCAAUCUCAGCAACAUUGUGGAAUCUAAUUUCCGCACUACCCAGCUUCUUCUAUCGGUGA